CCUCCGCCGUCCGGGGUGCGGAGGGUGCGGGUGGUGAAGGCGGAGGCCGGCGGGCUGGGCAUCAGCAUCAAGGGCGGGCGGGAGAACCGCAUGCCGGUCCUCAUCUCGCGCAUCUUCCCGGGGCUGGCGGCCGAGCGGUGCGGGGCCCUCCGGCUGGGCGACGCCAUCCUCGCCGUCAACGGCCUCGACCUCCGCGACGCCACCCACGACCAGGCCGUGCAGGCCCUCAAGCGGGCCGGGCGGGAGGUCCUCCUCGAAGUGAAAUAUAUGAAGGAAGCAAGCCCUUACAUCAAGAAGCCGUCGCUGGUGUCCGACUUGCCUUGGGAUGGGGCGGCUCCCCAGUCGCCCAGUCUUAGCAGCAGUGAAGACUCUGGCUCCCCCAAACACCACAGUCCCACCAAGGACCGGAAGGUGAUCCCUCUGAAGAUGUGCUAUGCAGCAAGAAACCUAAGCGUGCCGGACCUGGAGAACAGGUUGAUCGAGCUGCACUCCCCAGACGGCAGGAACACCCUCAUCCUGCGUUGCAAGGACACGGCCACGGCACAUUCCUGGUUCAUGGCCAUCCACACCAACAUCAUGGCUCUCCUCCCCCAGGUCCUGGCAGAGCUGAACGCCAUGCUGGCCGCGGGCAACACCCCUGGGAGUAGCAAGGAGGUCAAGCACAUUGCAUGGCUGGCAGAGCAGGCCAGGCUGGAUGGAGGGCGGCAGCAGUGGCGUCCUUCCCUCUUGGCCGUGACAGAGAAGGACCUCCUCCUCUACGACAGCAUGCCAUGGACAAGAGACGCCUGGGCAUCUCCGUGCUACAGCUACCCGCUUGUCGCCACCAGGCUGGUACACUCCGGCUCAGGCCACAGGUCCCCCUGCAUGGGAUCGGACCUCGCGUUUGCCACGCGGACCGGCUCUCGGCAGGGCAUCGAGAUGCACGUCUUCCGCGUGGAGACCCACCGGGAUCUCUCCUCCUGGACCCGGAUCCUGGUGCAAGGCUGCCAUGCUGCUGCAGAGCUGGUCAAGGAGGUGUCCGUAGGCUGCGUCUGGAACAACCAGGAGGUCCGGCUCACGAUACACUACGAGAACGGUUUCACCCUUUCCAGGGAGGAAGCGGGUUCCUCUGGUGUCCUUUUCCGGUACCCUUUUGAGAAACUGAAAAUGUCUGCGGACGAUGGGAUCCGGAACCUCUAUUUGGAUUUUGGAGGGCCAGAAGGGGAGCUGACCCUGGAGCUACACUCCUGCCCGAAACCCAUCGUCUUUGUGUUGCACACGUUCCUCUCGGCCAAAGUGACCCGCCUGGGCCUGCUCGUCUAGGAGCCGCGGAGG